CCGCUACAACGUCAAUGUGGAUGGCGCGUGUGCACAGUAUACACCUGAGCCACAUACUUAUACAUACUUCGUUCCUGAAGGUUACGCCUCCGGCUCUUAUUAUAUGGGCAGUGGCCGUCACGGAAACCUACGCGCCUUAUGCGCAAAUUGCAUGCAGCGGUGCUUACCAGGCAGACUAUAGUGACAGCGUUACCCAGUAUACUAAGACAGUCGAGUACGCAAGCCAAUAUCCAGGUGGGCUCUUCCGAGCACCGUUUACUGCAUUCGAGGACAACCAACCCCCAGCUUGGUACCCGUGGUAUUCACCAGGAUACUAUAGCGAUAGAUCAAGCAGUGACUACGAUAUUUCUAAACCCACGCCGACUGGAUAUGGGCCGACAUCGUCUGCACCAGUGACUCCAACCCCUCCAGUCAAUGAGAAGCACUUUGAAUUCAGGUAGAAUUUUUCUUUGUGGUGUCAGCAUAUAAGAAACUAUCGAAUAAAUGAGGACAUGGUUGCCUACUCGUCCAUAUAUGUCUUGCCACAUGUUUGUAUGCUAGCACAAGUGAGAUGUGGAUGUGGCAGGGUGUGCUAGGACA